GAAGGGAUGUGGAGGCUGCACGCAGUCCUGGGUUUGCAGGCGUGUGGAAGUUGUGGAAAUAGGUAAAGGGUCGAAAGUGGCAUUUGGAAAAUGGUGACUGUUUGUUUAGUUACUUAUAUGACGGACAAAUAUAAGGCAAAACUGGGCCACUAAGAAUUUUUCCUGUUUUGCAGAUUGCUGUCAGCAAAAGGUAAAACAUGUCCUUGAAGAUAUACAAUUUUACAUAAACAGCUGAUGUUUACAUAAGCCUAGAUAAGUUUGUGAAAAACACGGAUAGCAGAAGAUGCGGUGUUAGCUGAACUGGGCUAUCCUGCUGUUUGUCUGUGAAAUAAUUUAUCUUUUUUUUUUUUUUUUUUUGUAUUGUUGCAGCGUAAGAACAAAGUGAGCAGCUGCACCUUUACCAAAGCAACCACCUGCGUUCCUCCUCUCCUCUGGAAUGGACAAUGGGAUGGUCUCUGGUUUUAUCAUGAUUAAAAACUUCUUCCUCUUCUGCGUUUCCAUGAGUAUAGCCAGCCACUUCGGCUUCUCGCAAACGCCAACAGCAUCAGGAAAAGAGGACACCAAUGAUAACAUCACCAUAUUCACCAGGAUCUUGGACGGUCUGCUGGACGGCUACGACAACCGACUGCGCCCGGGACUGGGAGAGAGAAUAACUCAGGUGAAAACAGACAUCUAUGUUACCAGUUUUGGUCCUGUGUCAGACACAGAAAUGGAAUACACCAUUGAUGUUUUUUUCCGACAAAGCUGGAAAGACGAAAGGCUGCGAUUCAAAGGACCUAUGCAACGCCUCCCUCUUAACAACCUGCUCGCCAGCAAGAUUUGGACCCCGGACACUUUCUUCCACAAUGGCAAGAAAUCUAUUGCUCACAACAUGACAACCCCAAACAAACUUCUGCGCCUGGAGGAUGACGGAACUCUGCUGUAUACCAUGAGAUUGACCAUCUCUGCUGAAUGUCCCAUGCAGCUUGAAGAUUUCCCCAUGGAUGCUCAUGCUUGCCCAUUAAAAUUUGGAAGCUAUGCUUACCCCAAUUCUGAAGUGAUCUAUGUGUGGACUAAUAGCACCACAACAUCUGUAGUGGUGGCUGAAGAUGGUUCCCGACUUAACCAGUACCACCUGAUGGGACAAACUGUAGGAACUGAAAACAUCAGUACCAGUACAGGCGAAUAUACUAUUAUGACAGCCCACUUUCAUCUGAAAAGAAAAAUUGGUUAUUUUGUCAUCCAGACAUACCUUCCUUGCAUCAUGACUGUGAUUUUAUCACAAGUGUCGUUUUGGCUAAACAGAGAAUCUGUCCCUGCUAGGACUGUCUUUGGAGUAACAACGGUCCUCACCAUGACCACCUUAAGUAUCAGUGCCCGUAACUCUUUGCCAAAAGUGGCCUACGCUACUGCAAUGGACUGGUUUAUAGCUGUCUGCUAUGCCUUUGUAUUUUCUGCGUUGAUUGAAUUUGCAACAGUCAACUAUUUCACCAAGAGGAGUUGGGCAUGGGAUGGCAAAAAAGCCCAGGAAGCUGCUAAAAUCAAGAAAAAAGAACGUGAAUUGAUGGGAAAUAAAUCAACUAAUACUUACAGCACUGGGAAGUUGACCCCUGCACCAAACAUGCCAAAGGACUCAGCCCCAUCUGUCAUCUCAAACACUGCAUCUGCUCCAGUGAAGGCUGCAGAAGAAAAGCCCGCUGAAAGCAAAAAGACUUACAACAGCAUCAGUAAGAUUGACAAAAUGUCCCGGAUAAUUUUUCCAGUGCUGUUUGGAACUUUUAACUUAGUUUACUGGGCCACAUAUUUGAAUAGGGAACCUGUUAUUAAAGGUGCCAAUUCUCCAAAAUAAACUGAAGGACUCUAAAGCCACAUGUGAGCCAUACUUACAAAGCAGAUGCUACCAAGGAAAAUUUGAGAUCCAGACGACUUUCUACAUUUGGGCAAUAUUCUUCAGGAAGUUUUUUGCAUGUUUAAUAAUAUGUACAAAUAAUAUUGCCUUGAUUGUUUCUACAUGUAACCUCAGAUGUUUCGAGACGAUUAUAUUACUUACAGCAACAGAUCUUUAUAAAAG